AAACCCAUCUGCGAUUUCACACGCGGCCUCGCCUACAUUGAGCCCACUGACGUGAAUAUCAACCAUCUGCGAGACGCUAAAGAUACUUAUUGUGCUGCUGAAGCCGGCAAUUGUGCCCGUGUAUCUUACCUGAACAGCUCUUCGAUAUUCUUUUGUAACUAUAACACAAAUCGCAUAUAUACCAAAUGUGGGAAUCUCAUUGAGCCUGCGCUGGCCAUAUAUGAGGACUGCCGGCUCGCAUCUCGAUAUACAUAUGGCUAUCUUAGCGGUAUGGUACGAAAUGGAAGU